GGGGCCAACUUUAAAUUUCAGCAAAGUGGGCACAGGCUCCAUGGUCUGCCACUGGGACCUGCCUCCGACGGGAAAAGGAGCAGCCCAAGAUGCAAACGUCCCUCGUGUGCCUGUGCCUUUGCCUGCUCAGCACAGCCCUGGCCACACCUGUGCCACCACCGCUGCCUGGGAGAGCUGCUGGGAACUGUGUGGGACAGCACCGGAUACUUCUGAAAGGCUGCAACGCCAAGCAUGGCUUCUACAUUUUCAAAUAUGUCUACUCAUACUCAACGCGGAGGAACCAGACUAAGAUAAAGAAAGAAGAGGCUGACCACCAGACUAUCAUCCCUGGCCACCGGCUGGACGAGGACAACACCAGGCAGGGGCCACCAGAGGCUGGGACAGCCCCAGAGCACAGUGACAACAGCAGCACUGAAGUAAUCGAGUAUGGGAUUAUCCUCAAGCCUCAAAACCACAGCAGCCCUGGCGUCAGCAGGGACGGUCCCAGUCCUCGCCCUGGCACUGGCACAAGAGCGGGUGGCAGUGGGGGUGGCACCGGUCCCACCCCAUCCAGCUCAGAGGGCAGUGGUGACAUGGAUUUGGUGCUGGGAGGGGAUGGUGGCACUCCCAUCCUUCCUCAGGGUGAACGCCCCGGUGAGGCUGUGGUGGGGAACAGGUCCGGUGUCAGGAGUGAGGACAAGGAUGACGGAGCCCCCAGGGUGGUUCCUGUGACCGCUUGGAGGGCUCCUGCUACCAGAGGGGCAGGGGACAAGGGCAGCAGGGAGGCCACUGUCUCAGGCCAAGGGCAGAAGGGUGUUAAGCAGGGUGCAGGGACAAGAGGUGUGGCUUCGUCCUCUGUCACUGAGAAGAUGGAGGAUGUCCAAGUGGAUGCUGCAGGUGUGGAUGAAUUCGCUUACGUGCCCGAUUCAGGCAGUGUCACCAUCACCGGUGGGAGCCUGGGCAGCACAGACAGGGCCACCGGCUUCACCCAGGUCUCUCCAGACAAGGAUGACGAGGUCAACAUCUUCAUUGGGAGGGCCAACAUCCAUGUAGGGGAGCAGGAAACCACCCAGCCUGGUGCCACAGCGGGUAGCGAGGACAAUGGCAUCCCCUCAGUGGCACCCAGCAGCCCUGCCCCCAGGCUGUACAUCACUGCAGCACCCAGUGGUGGUGAGGACGAUGGCAUCCCUGCCCGCAGGCAGCCUGAAAGACUGGCCACCACAGCCACCCCAAGCCGUGGGGACAGCGUCACCAGCAGCCUCAGGGACAACCGUCUCACUGGAGAGGAUGAGGAAGGUGCCACCAGAACUGGGGUUGAGAGACAACCGGUAACCCCAGGCCCCUGGAGAGUCACAAGUGGUGAAAUUAUCAGCCCCACAGUGGCCAGCAUCCGUGGCAAAGAUGAUGAUGAGGUGAGGGGAGAGGGGCAGAGGUCCAAGGGGAAGCCAGGCCAUGUGGCUACCACAACCCCCCGCCAGUGGGUGGACAUGGAGCCCGCUGUCACUGUCCCAGCCGAGGUGGCCAGCAUCCUCCCCGCCACGACGGAGGGGCACCGCACCACCGCGGCGGUGACAGCGGUGACAUCCAGCAGCCACAGGGCAGGCACGGAGCUGGGCAGAGGAGGCAGCGGGGAAAUGGGGACAGCCACCUCCCGACCGCCCCGUGUGGAGGCACGGCCCGGGACAGGCACCAGGGUCCAUCCGGGGGGAGCAGGGCUGGACAAGGCACCCAGGAAGGACAAAGCACCAUACCCAAGUGCGAAACCCAGCAGCCAGGCAUUGAGCGGGGCGCAGACAAGCGUGGGCGGCUAUGACGGCGAUGCCGGGGGCAGCUCCCAUGGCACCAAAGCAGCGGCCAGCCCCGCUCCGCAGGCAGGGCAAGGCACGGCAGCAGGCGGGGGCCGGCAGCGGGGGGAGAGGCGAGGCGAACAGAGCCCCGGCCGCCUGCCCGGGCAGCAGGGCCGGAGGCUGGGGGCGCCGGGCACCAUCGCCACGCUGGGCCGCAGCCGGCAGCUGGACCAGGUGAAACGCGCCGACGAGCUGCACGUCCGGGAGCGGGCCUUCUACAGCCUGGGCGGGCCGGGCCCGCACGGCCCCUACCCCGGCCUCGGCAGCGCCGACAGCAGCCAGUCCUCCGAGGGAGACCGGGGCAGCCACAGCGAGAGCGGGCAGACGGGACUGCAGCCCUCGGGGUGGGGAUCGCCGGGGUACCCGCAGGGCCGCUGGGUGCAGGGGCCCCUCUGAGGGAGCCGCCAUGCGCCCCUCAGGCUCCAGCGGUGGGGCCGGGGCCCACACGCCGCCUUUUCCCCGCUGCGGGCUCUGCCCUCGCCUGGGUGAAUUGCUGGGGGGCACACGGUGCUUCAAGCCCAAGGAGCAGAAAUUCACUGGUUCUUGCAAUCUGCUGUUGAUCUGGGGGAGGCUGCGCAUGGCACCGCAGCGGGAAUGCGCGGGUGUGCUGUGCCAGGCAGCCGGGGAGCAGCAGCCAUGCUACACGGCAUAGGGUAGCGGUGUUUGUGCACUGAUGCGAAGCAAGUAAAGAAGCAGUGAGAAAACGCCUCUGUCCUCGCGGUUUCACUUCCAGCCUGCUGGAGAAAUAAAGGCAUUUCUGUACCUGA